GAUAUUUGCCGAAGUCAACUUUUAACAACAACCAUUGCAAAUAUGGCGGCAGACUCAAAUUUUGAUUCUUUUAGCCACUUGAAAGAACUGGAAGAUGCCAUAAGAAUUGCGGAACUGAAUAACGUAGGACUCAAGACGGAAAACUUUAUUGUCUUGUGUAUAAACCGUUACUUAGCAGAUCCUGAGUUUACAAAACAGACCAACUCUGAUACAAGUCAAGCUUUGGAUGUGCAUGACAUCACACUUGCUGACACCUCAACAAAGAGGAAAUUGCUGCUGUGUAAUCAGCUCAACUUUUAUGUGCAACAGAAUAAGUUGAGAGUUGGAAGCACAGUGUGUCUUACCAAGUGUAAAGCAAGAUUUGACGAGACAGAUUUACAGGCAGAAAGUCUUAUUAUCAUCGAAGAACUUCAUGUCACAGGACAGAAAACUGCUGAGGACUUCAUUGAUAGUUAUGAUUUACCAUGGUAUCCUGAGUCUAAUGUACGACAGACAGGUAGCAUACCCAUCGCCUCUGGGAGGGGUUCUUAUGUCAGUGUAUGGACCAGCAGUGAUGUUGUUGUACCUGAAAGUGAAGAUACAGUUCCAGCCCAGAAUGACCUGGAUGAACCGCUGACCCUUGACCUUUGUAGCAUUAAAGAGCUGGCCACUAGGUGGGGUCGCAUUCAGUCUGCCAAACCUCCCGUCCUAGUCAGAGUUGUCCGCAAGUCUCGUCUUCUCAACUACGCAAAACCUGAUAAAACAGACAAGUGGCCAUACCAGCAUCACCUGCUGGUUUGUGACAAGUCAGGAUACUGCACUGUUGUGUUGUGGAAUGUUGUCUGUCUCAAGUACUUGAAGCAAAUAAAGGAAGGAUCCAUUCUGAUGUUGAGAAAUUUUACAGUGAAGAAAAGCUUCUCUGUAAAUUACCAGUGGCAUAUACAAGACAAUGGCCUAGACCUUUACCCUAUUGACCUUAAUAUGAAUGCUCAUCAUCCAAAGGGAGAGAUUUUGAUCCUCAACAACAGAAGUUUGCCACGUCUUCUUCGCUUGGCAGAGUUGAAGUAUCGAUUAGUUACAAGAAAUCAACUUAGUUCGCUGCCGGACAACGUAGUGUGUGAUAUUGCUGGCAUGGUGGUGUAUGUAGGCUUAUGGAGUGUAUAUAGGAGGGAAGGAGAAGCCACAAAGGGUCGGACACAUGGGGACAGUGGAGGGUUCUGGCUGAUGAGGUGGGUUCACAUCCGUGACCACACCCACGACAAGCCCUUCAUCCUUCAGAUGUAUAAGGGGCAGGAUUCCGUGUUUGAUAGCCUCAAGCCCCACCAAGUAGUGAUGUGUCGACAUGUGAGGGUUAGACACAACCUAGCCUCCCUCCGACACUCUCGCCAACACAGACACGUCUACGUCACCACUACUGCAGUGUCACAGUGUGUGUCAUCCCAACAUGCCUUGUCCCCGUCCGUCAGAGCGUGGAUGAUCAACCUGACUCGCCGUCUCAGUGACAUGGAGCUGGACAUGUCCGUGGGUGGCUACUUCUCCUAUCCCCCAUUACCUCACAGUUUCGCUGAGUUCAAGUCUCAGUACCCAAACAUCACGAUCACUCCAUGCAGUGCGUGGAGAGAAACACUGGAGAGGUCCAGCUUCAUGCAACAUAUACGACUCUAUGUGCAGGCUAAGUUAGCUGCUCUCAAGUUCCAUGGGCUGGAAACAACAAUGGCUCAGGUAAAAAAAAAGAAAAAACAGAAAGGUAACCCUUUGGAAACAGUUGUCAAUGCUGACACGCAUCAGAACAUUGACCGUUUUGAUUCUGUGGGUGACCACGAGGUGUCCGACAGUCAUCUGUGUCCGGUAUAUUAUAACAGGGGAGACAAACUGACCUGGAUCAACCUCCCACCUACUGACCAGCCAAAGCCAGAAGUUGGAGGGCCAAGAUUCCAGGAAUCUGAGGAAAUGUUCGUUACAACUUGGCAAGGCCUCAAUACUCAUGUUCUAUUACAUUCUCUGAGAGACGUUAGCUAUGUUGAUUUCCCAAAGCGUACAGACUUUGCUGAUUUCUUAGAAGGGAAGUACGACACAGAAACAAACGAGGAAGGAUCGGAAGUGUCUGUACUGAAUGUCCGCCAGCUCCUACACUCGGCGGAGAACUAUGGCAGUCAGCGGUUCCUGGUGGUCCUGGAUCUGUACAGAGAUUCCGACACACAUGUUGAAGUUGUGCUCAACAGGGCAUACGUGUUGUAGCACAGAUGGCUGUGCGAUGAAUCGUUGUCGGUGAUGGUAGAUGAGUACAUUUACCAUGAAGUUGUACUCAUGUGUGUGUGCAUGUUGUAGCAAGAAUGGCUGUGUGGUGAAUGGUUGGUGCCGGAGAUGGUAGAAGUGUACAUUCAUGAAGAUGUUGUACUCAAGUGUCUGUACAUGUUCAAGCACAGCUGUCUGUGCGAGGAAUCGUUGUUGCCGGUGAUGGUAGAUGAGUAUAUUAGUGAUGAUGUUGUACUCAACAGGACGUAUGUGUUGUUGCAAGGCGGAUUAUGUGGUGAAUAGCUGUUACUGGUGAUGGUUGAUCUCAUGACCACUUGACAGAUUACAUGCAUGGACAGAUAGCAAUUACUGAAGAUGCAUACAAACGAAUGCUGAUGUGUCUGCUGACAGGGCAUGAGACACAUGUCAAGACAAUACAUGUCAACAGCCUGCAGAUCUAGUAAUGGUUUACUGUUUACCUUGAGUAAGUUGAAAGCAAGACAACUGCGUGGGUCUGAAUUUAUUUAUUCCCUUUUAAUAUGUUGAAUUAGUCGAGAAAGGGUUACAACCUACUUUUAGGUUGUUUUUUUAAUACAGAAGUAAUAAUUGAUUUCAAUAUUUAUUUGAUUUCAAUAUUUAUUAAUGGCUUUUAGAUGAAAUGUGGGUAUCUGAUUACUCUUUUGCUUCACAUAAUGAAGUGGAUUUGUAAAUUUUUCUCUUUUAAAAUCAAGGUGACCCUUUGGCAUGAUUCUGCAUGUGUUGGGCAGUGGGUUGAAACAGAAUGAACUUCGUUGUCAAGCCAGGGAAAAGUAUGCAAUGCACUGUUAGAGACUGUUCAUCUAUGAUAUACUGACAAGUGCCUGCAUAUCCUUCCACAAGGCAAACAGUGACACCUCUGUCUGGAUACAGAACAACACAGGUGUCACUGAGCUUGGAGGAUGUAUCUUUACAUAUUGUACACUUAACAUUGGAUACUAUAUGUUCUUGUCAUAUGGGGUUAUGGGAGGGAGAGGCGUCAAAGGUGCUCGAUUUUUGCUGUGCAGAGUUGUGCCCCUUGGUCAUGCAAGAAGGUGAGGUGAA